GACUUCUUACCAUCGGAUUGUCAGCCGGUCCCCGUGAAUCGAUCCCAUUCUAUCAAGAAACAUUCACCAGGCCCAGGAAACAUGUCACGUCUCAUCAUCUACAACGCUUCAAUCCUCACGCUUGAUGAUCAUGAUACGUUUUACUAUCCCGGGACUGUUGAGAUUGAAGGCCAGUUCAUCUCAAAGGUCUAUGCUGGCAACCCUGUGCAGUCACUGCGAGAUGAUCCCUCGAUCACAUUUCUCGAUGGCACUGACAAACUGGUCAUGCCUGGCCUGGUCGAUCUGCACUUCCAUACUUCGGUCGCAAAGGGAUUUGGGGACGAGCUUCCAUUGAAAGAAUAUCUUGACCAAGUCUGGUACCCCAGCGUACGAGCCUUGACCAAAGAACGAGCAUUCACCGGCGCGAUGCAUUCGUAUUGCUGCGCCAUCAAGUCCGGGACCACAACCGUCAACGACAUGUACCGCUUUCUUGACUCACUCGCCGAUGCAGCGAGCAAGAUCGGCAUCCGCGCAGUCCUGAGUAACGAAGUGGCCCUUGCCGAACACCAGCUCGACUCGAUUGACGACAAUGAGGCAUCAUUCGAGUCGAAUAAUGGGAGAGAGUCAGAUCGCAUCAAGGUCUGGAUGGGUCACGAAUGGAUGUGCACGUCAAACCUGCAGCUCAUGGAGCAAGUCGGUCAGAUGAAGAAGAGACUGGGCACCGGUCUCCAUAUCCAUCUCUCCGAGUCAGUACAGGAGGUUGCUGAUGUCCGAGCAAAGUUUGGAAAAUCGCCUAUUGAGAUCGCGUACGAGACUGGCUGCUUAGGUCCGGAUACGGUGGCUGCUCACUGCGUGCAUCUGACAGAUCGUGACAUCUCAUUGCUUGCAGAAACGGGUACUUCCGUUUCGUACGAUCCGGGCUCCAAUGCAAAGCUCGGAAACGGCAUCGCCCGCCUCCAAGAUCUGCUUGCUGCGGGUGUCAACGUCGGUAUGGGCAUCGACGCUUUUGAAUGUGAGAACAGCCCAGAUAUGUUUGAGCAGAUGAAGUUUGGCUCGCUGAUUCAACGCGCCCUCCAUAAGAAUGCUUCCUUGGCGAAGCCGCACGACAUCUUGCGCAUCGCAACGAGGAAUGGUGCCAAAGCUCUCGGUAUCCACGCCGGAAUCAUCGAGCCAGGCAGGAAAGCGGACGUUAUCGUGCUUGAUCUCACCAAGAACCAGAUGUUUACCCCCCUACUUCAAGACCCUGCUAAGCGGAAAACAAUGCUAGAGAGUCAUCUGGUCUUUGGAUGCAACGGCUCUGCUGUUCAGCAUUCCAUCAUAGAUGGAGUAUUGGUCAUGAAAGACUUCAACGUAUUGGCUGUGGACGAACAGUCUUUGCGUAAAGAGAUGGACACCAUGUUUGAGGGGAUUGCUGAGGAAAUGAAGAAGCUCGUUUUGAAGCCCCGUGAGGUGUUCAACUAG